AUGGUGUCCGCGGUUGCCGGGGUGGCCGUGAAGGAGGUGGCCACCACCCCCUACGAGGGCCAGAAGACCGGCACCAGCGGCCUGCGCAAGAAGACGCGUGAGUUCACCAAGCCCAACUACCUGGCCAACUGGGUGCAGUCGCUGUUCAAUGCCCUGGGGGACGAGGUCAAGGGCCAGACCCUGGGGCUGGGGGGUGACGGCCGCUACUACGGCAAGGAGGCGGCCCAGACCAUCAUCAAGCUGGCGGCGGGCAACGGGUUUGCCAAGGUGGUGGUGGGGCGCGACGCGCUGAUGGCCACGCCCGCCAUGAGCGCCGUCAUCCGCCGCAACAAGCUCUACGGCGGCCUGAUCAUGAGCGCGAGCCACAACCCCGGUGGCCCCGACAACGACUUUGGCAUCAAGUUCAACUACAAGGCCGGAGAGCCGGCACCCGAGAAGAUCACUGACAAGAUCUUUGCUGAGACCGAGAAGAUCUCCGUGCUGCACACCGCCGAUAUCCCGGACAUCGACCUCUCCAAGGUGAUGAUGGAGGGGUGGCCGGGGCGGGGGGGUGUGAGGGUUGGUGUGACCAAGUUUGGUGAUUUUGAGGUGGAGGUGGUGGACCCCGUGGCGGACUACCUGGCCACACUCAAGGAGGUGUUCGACUUCCCCGCACUCAAGGCGUUUGUGAGCCGCCCCGACUUCUCCAUGACCUUUGACAGCAUGCACGCCGUCACGGGGCCCUACGCCAAGGCCAUCUUUGAGGGCGAGCUGGGGGCCAAGGCCGGCACCGUCGUCAACGGGGAACGCCGGCACCUUGACCCCGCCGUGCGAGACCCGCACCACCCUUGGCCCGCCGCAUCGCGCAGCCGUCCUGAGCCACCCGCAGCGUCUCAACUGCCCCUGCCCGACUUUGGUGGCGGCCACCCUGACCCCAACCUGACGUACGCCCACGACCUGGUCGAGACCAUGUGGGCGGACGGCGCCCCCGCCCUGGGCGCGGCCUCUGACGGUGACGGCGACCGCAACAUGGUGCUGGGGGCCAAGCACUUUGUGAGCCCCAGCGACAGCGUGGCCAUGAUCGCCGCCAACUACCAGGCCAUCCCCUACUUCAAGGACGGCCUCAAGGUGCUUGCGGGAGGGGGGGACAAGGGGACGCAGGUUUUGCAGGCCUGGAUCGUGGGCUGGUAG